ACAUCCCGUGUUGUAAUUUUAACCUUUUUACGUCACUCGUUGUCAUUGUAUAUGACAAAAAUCGACCCCAUGAACUCGGAAACCACCAAAAAGGUCUUCAGGGAGGUGCGUCCGUUGCUCUCCCUCGACCCUUUCGAGGCCAAACGGAGGGUGUUCGCCUUAUACAAGGCCUGGUACAGGCAUAUCCCUUAUAUACUAAAGCAUUAUGACGUUGAACUCAGUGAGGAGCAAUGCAAGAAGAAGCUGAGAGAGCAGUUCAAUAAGCACGCGAAGAUUAAUGAUAUUCGCGUGAUCGAUAUGCUUGUGAUCAAGGGCCAAAUGGACCUUCAAGAGAUAGUGGAGAAAUGGAUCUCCACACGUGGGGUGGGCAGGUUCUUCAAACCUGCCCAUGAGGAGGUCAAGACUGACGAAUUUCUUAGCAAAUUCUUAAGAGGAAAAGAGUAGCUGAGCCCCUGUUUUUUGUAAAUUAUGCACUCAAUUACAAAGCAAUAAAGAAGACCCAUUAUAUAUAAGAA